AUGCCAAAUAUCAUUUUCGAUUCCCUGAAUUUCAUAGCUAUACUGAGUUUGUCUCUUUUGACGCUGGCCACUGUUAUUGCAUUUGCAUAUCUAAUAUUAUGGAGCUUGAUUUUACGCGACAGUAACUUUUUUCGAGAGAUUGCAGGUCUUCCCAAGCUUACAAGACGGCAACAGUUUGAACAAGAACAUCAUAUUUUCCCUACACACAGAAGAGAAACAAGAAACUCGCAAAAACACAAUGAUAUCAAUCUUAACAAUAUUAACCAUAACAAUAUUAAUCAUAACAAUAUUAACCAUGACAAUAAUGAGCAACAACAGCUGCAUGAUCAUCAUCAAGGACACAAUUCAUCGUCAAACGUGCAACCACAUCGAAGACAUUCGAAAACUACUUCGGUGUCUUCUGCAAAGCCGUCAAAAAACUCGAGACAUUCUUCUCCUUCGCAUAGAUCCUCGUUUAGUUAUGGAGGAAGCGGAGGAGUAGUUGAAAGUGUUAAUCAUACAUAUAUGCCUACUCGCAGAGAUUCUGUGCUUUCAACGAUAAGCUCCCAAUCACAGAAAAAAGUCGAUUCACAAGGAAUUAAUAAGAAACAUAAUAAAAGAAUUUCGAAUCCAGUUGGGAGUAAUCAAGGCAUACUGACUUUCGAAGAAGAUUAUAUCUCUUAA